ACCCCAGGAGUCAGCUGACCUGCUGAGGACAAUAGAGGCACAUGACAGCGCAGCUCUGCUGUAACGAAAGACUGAUCGACCCCUGCGAUUUUAAUCAGCUAUCAUGAGCAGCACACAGUCUUACAGUCGCUUUAGUGACGAAAACUACAAAAACUGGCUGAAAACAACGGAGAGUCUUUACAUCCUGAGGAGCCGCAUUCAGGGCUUCAUCGAAAAGGAAACCGAAACCUAUCACAACUCUCUUCGAAACAAACCUCAGCUCAAUAGACAGACCUGUGCGCGAAAGUGCGACCGUGCACAUAAGCAUCUCUGCAGGUUGUGUGAAUACUGGAAAAAAGAAAUCUCUGCCAAUCAUAAUGGGAAUGAUAAUCGGAUGUACUGGGACAACUGUCAGCCUCAUCUAUGGCCCACAGAUAAGUGGGAAGUUGCCAAAGCACAUAUGCCACGUGGGCAGACGAAACAUCGCAAGUUUGACCAGUUUGAUAUUUCUGCCAUCCUAAACUUAAUGAACUUCUGCAAACAUUUCAAGAACAUCCCAGGACAGCGUGUGAGAGACGUAAUAACUGUACGGAACAAUGUAAUGCAUUCACCUGACUUCAAAGUGAGCAAUGAGGAUAUGAAAAAGCAUCACAAAACACUCCUGCAGCUGGCCAAGGAGCUUGAACCUCAUGUCCCGGAAAUGAUAGACUUGGAAAAGGAGAUAACACGGUUUUACAACAUCUUGGACAAGAAUUUCAAUCAAGCCCCGUGUGAGGUUGAUGGCCAACAGGAAGAUCUCCAGACCGUGAAAGACCGACAGAAUGUUCUGGACCGUGAGCAGACGGCCAUGAAAGAUAGGAUUGAAGACUUUAUCUCACGCCUCGAGGGGAACCGAGAUGAAAAUGCCAAUGAGAAACCUCAGGACAUGAAGAGUCUCCUGGACUUCCUGGACCAAAACAAAGAUCUCCUGGAGAACCUGGGUCCUGAAGUCAACAAACUUAAAGAGAUGCAGGAAAAAGUAGAUCAACACGAGGAGCAGAUCAGCCAGCUGACAGGAAGAGUGGACACACUGGAGAAAGUGACACACGAUCCAGUGUUUCCCGGCAACCCGCUUAGAUACAAAAACCAUCUUUAUGAAUAUUGUCAGGCAAAGAAAUGGCCAGAGGACAAAUUUCCUGUUUUUACAGAGGAUCAAAAAGCCCAAGGUUACAGAGGUAAAGUGACAGUAAAUGGACAACGUUUCAUUGGCGAAAGGGUGUUUAACGAAAAAAAGGCCGCCCAUCAGGAGGUCGCAUUCAUUGCCCUCCAGCAGCUGAAAUCACAGCAAGAAAGCACAGAUGAACCGUCAAGCUCAGUCAUGCACUCUGAGGCCUCCUCUUCAUCUUCCUCAGGAAUCACUUUCUUUGGUAGAGUGACUGUGGAUCUCAGUCGAGAAGUCGAGUCUGAUAGAUGCUCUACAAAGGAAGAAGCGAUUGAAGCAGCUUAUAAGGUUUUAUGGGAAAGUUUUUGCAUUAGCCCUCCAAUAAAAGGUCAGACAUACAAGUCAGUGAUGAUGGAAUAUUUCAACACUAAUGGCUUCCCAAAACCAGUAGAAGGUUUUGAUGACAGCACAACCAUCUGCAAGCUCAAACUUGUCGGACCUUUUACUUUUUGUGACAAAGAUGGCUCUACCAAGAGGAAACCGGCGGAGCAACAGGCAGCUAAAGUUGCUCUGCAGCAUCUGUCCGGGAUCCUCAACUGUCCUCCAAUAUCAGAGGCCGAGAAGAACUUCAAAGGGGUUCUGAAGGAGCGAAUAGAGACACUGCGUCUAAAAAAUCCGGUUUACGACACAGAUGAUAAACCAGAGGUCAGUGGAGAGCCCAUGUCCAUCGACAUCAGCUCGGACCUGAUAACGUCUACAGUAUCUAUCAGUGAGGCCGAAGAGAAACAUCAUUCAGAGUCUAAAAGCAUCUCCACAUCAGGCCAAAAUUCAGUCCUUGUUCCUGUUCCUGUGCAGCCGGACCCUCCAGACUCCAGCUCUCCAGCCUUACCGAGGAAAAAGCCCAGGAUUGAUGGUCCAGAAAUCAAUGAGCUGUUUAGUGUAUAUAAUCUCAAGCCACCACAAGUGAACGUGGAGAACAUAAAAUAUGAUCCGAAUUUCAAAUGUACUGCGACCGUCAACCUGGAAAACUAUAUUUGUGUAAACAAACAGCAAGGUUACGAUUCGAAGAGAGAAGCCACUCGAAAAGCCUAUUUGUUAUUCGGCCGUGCGAUGGAAAUUUUGGAUCCUAGCUCAGAUGAAAAGAUGUGCAUUGCACUAGUGAAGCAGCACUUUACUAGUAGGUCUCUUCCUCUUCCUCAGGAAGAAAUUGAAGAAUCUGAAAAGCCAUUUCACUGUUCACUAAAGAACAUAACUUAUGCUGGGAAGUUUGAUGGACAAGGAUCUUCAGAGGAUGAAGCCAAGUUAAGUGCUCUCCAGAAAGCCUUACAUCUACUGUCACCUCUCUUUGGUUAUCCUUCACUCCCUGGAGCUGAUAGUCCUGAAGAUGUUCAGAAUCAGCUGAGCUUCAUGCUAAACAGGGCCGGUCAGAGAGAACCCGUCAUUGACCUGAAGUCUGAGACACGGGCUUCUGUCCAGCUGUCUUUCUGUGACUAUACGCUGAAGUGCACAUGUCAAAGCAACAAGAGAGCGGCUAAAAAACAUCUCAGUGGACGCAUACUGGGUCUGCUGGGGGUAAAGACAGAAGCUGACAGUGUAUCUUUGAGAAACUCUGUAGACGAGUGGUUCAAAAAGCAGAAUCUGCCACAGCCAGAGUUUGAGGACACUGAAGAGGCGCUUGGAGCAAAGGCUACUUUCUCUGCUCCGUUAACCUGCUGCAGUCCAGGCUGGGAAGACAGCUGGGAAGCUGCAAAGUCGAAGCUGCUUCAGGAGCUCAAGCUCAGAUUUAGGUUUCUGGACGACAAAAACAGUUGAAAUUUAUUUUAGCUGAGAAAAAUUGGUCUG